AUGUCGUAUAUUCAAUUGCCUUUAGAUGAUCCAUCUAAAGCACAGAAAGCAGAGUUCACGUUUGAGAUUGAGCAGAUGAAACUGUUGGGUUCACAUAAGAACGUUGUAUCCAUGGUUGGGUGCUGCACGAUUCAGGACAAAAUGUCCCUAGUCAUAGAAUACGUUCCUUGUGGUGACCUGCUGACGUGGUUACGCCGCAGAAGAAAAGCGGUAAGGAGAUGAACAAAAUUCUACAUUUAUUUUAAAGGUGAAUUAUUGUGAAACAAAUACAGGGAGACAAAAUUUCGAAUCUGUUGUGCUAUCAGGAAUUGUUAUACGACUUAUAUACUUGAUUGAUUAAUCUAGAUCAUCGAAAUUCAAGCCUCCCAGAGAUCAUAUGCUGACAAAGAGGCUCCGAGAGAUCAUGGAGAGACCAGGGAUCAAGUAGGCUUGUUAUUAAAUUGUCUCUAACUUUCCAUACUAGCUCUGUUGUAAAACUUUCUACUAUUCUCUAGACUGCUUGUUUGAUUAUAUUUUAGUCCGGUUGACCUAUCCAACCUACUCAUCUGAUUAUUGCUACGUGGUUUGCACGUGACGUAAUCAAAACUCAAAAUACAGAAUUAUUUAGCCUCUUCUGAGUUUUAAUUUACCGAGCUAUUAGAGCAGCUGAAGACGUAUAAUUUUUGCAAUGUUGCCGGUCAAAAUGGUUCUUCUUUUUGUGAUAGAACAAGUUUGAAUUUCUUAACUAUUUCAUGAGGCAACAUUAAUGGCCGCUGUCCUGAAAGCCUUUACCUUUUAAGGUUAAAAGACUGACUUUUUAUUUGGAGACUUUGCUAUAGCGAACAUUCCUUGUAUUUGAGUAAGUAUUAAGUUUAAUUUUUACGAGCUCUAGAGAUGUCUACUUGCUUCAUGGCAAAACUCAGUGACAUAUGUUUCUGUUAUUUUCCGGCCGCUAUAUUAGUGUUCCUCAUGCAGAGGGACGCCAACAUGGUGUCUCCAUACAAUUGCAAAGCUCUAUAAAUAUGGGUAACACAGUUAAUGAGAAUAUCUGUCACACAAGAAGCCUCUCAGACAUGAAUCUUGGCAAGAAUGUUUGCAUAUUCAUCUCCUUUCAUCUCUCAUUAAUUGAAUGGUCGGACUCUAUUUUUUGACGGCGUGUCUGUGAAAGACUCAUUUUCCUGCUUCCCUUCACUCAGGUUAGCAAAGUGGCUAAGGAACAGAUUAAGCAAGCGGGGAAAACACAAUUGCAAGUGAGCAUGGAAAAGACUCCGUUAUUACAGGAUACCAGUGGGGACACAGCGUCGACCUCUUGUUAUCUCGACAACGAAGUAAGAACCUAAUCAGCCAGUUAAGGGCUAAAAUAUUUUAAUUCUAGUUUAUUUGUGCUUAAUAUGUUAGAAUUGUCUCUAAUAAUUUCACUUUUCGGGAACAGAGCAUCACCACUUUUUGAAAAAAGUCAACUACAAAGACGUUUUGAAAAAUGAAAGAUUUAGAAUGUUUUACUUAGAUUGUAGAAUUCUUCUCUUUCAGUUUUGUUUAUAUGGGGAUUCUUUAUCUUUAGUCUUCAAUACAUCAUAGGUCUAAAUGCCCGUUAUAGAUACAGCCGAAUGCAAAUUUAAGGCAUUCUUAAACGGAGUACAACAUUCCACGACAUUUUGCUACCUAACGGUUACCUUAAAAACUGACAAUAGUUAAACAAUUAACAAUUACAUCGAAAAUAGACAAAAAGACAGAUGAAACAAGUACUUAAAAAUGCACUUAGUUUUUUUUCGAGAAAAUGUCUUGAGCUACCUCUCUAUGAUACAGCUGCAGCUUUGCGCGACAGAGAGAACGGCCAGAAGUAGACUUAUAUAUGAAGGUAUUUUUUUUAUUUUCAAUUUUAUUUUUCCACGCAGGAAAGCAAACAAUCGCAUGAAAUAUCAGAACUGACUCUGUUAUCAGAAGAAAGCAAUGAUGAGGUCCGACAAGAGCUGGCGUCGACUUUCCAAGGCCAUCUUGUACUAGGAAAUACUUGACUAUUUCGACUAUUUCAUUUCACUUUUCUUAAAUUUAAUUAUCUGAACGUGGAUAAGGCAUGAAGACAAUGAGGAAAUUUGCUGAGAAAUAAGUAACAAUUUUCCGCGAAAGAAAAAGUCAACACCUUUAUUGACCGUGCUCUGAAAUAAGCCAACGAGAAACCUCUAGAAAUCAUAUGCUGAUCGAGUCAUUGAUUAGGUCCACAAUACCGUCUGACAAAGAAUUUUCAGUGUAUGUUUAUAUAGUACAACUGCUGUAACCAGGGCCACUUAGACAAAGUUGACCAAUCAGAUUACAGGAAAAUAACAAUACAUUCCAAGAAAGUUGGUUGUGGGCCAAUCAGUAGGUCGUAAGGAAAUAAUAAGUUACUCGAAGGACUAAAUUUAAAUACUGAUAGCAAACGUUUAUCAAGAAAGCAGAAUGUUUCACCAGACUAUGUUUUUCAAUCCAAAACUUUUCAUAUAACACCCGGAGACGUAUUUGUUUGACACAGGUUGUUAUUUUGUCAUCUACCAGCAAUUUCUUCGCUACCAUUGCCGCUCUUUGCAAUAAAACACAAUAUACCAGACGUUUACAUUUUUUGCCUCCCUCAACGCUCUAACGGACUCCUCAGUUAGGGUUCAAAACGUCACGUCGUUAGGUUAUAAUUGGUUGAACUCGAUCCAUGUUGUUGAUUUCUUGUCGUGGUUAUUAUGAUUGACAACUAACUUUCUCGGAAAGUAUUGUUAUUUUCCUGUCAUCCAAUCGGUCAACUUCGUCUAGGUAACCCCGGUUAUAGUAGUCGCCCUGUGACUAUUGAUGAGAUGAAAGGUUUCACCAGAGCAAUCUCUCUCGGUCACUCCUAUACCAGAAUACAAUCAAUCGAAGCACCCAAGCGUGCAACAUUCCAUAAAUCUUGACAGGUCUGCCUAAUGAGUCCACAGGUAUAUUUUGAGCGAUUUUCAAAAACUGGUGAGUAUUUUCCCUCAAGGUGGCACAAUCCAAUUUAGGUGAGAACACAUGGGUACCUACUUUUAGGCACAACAAACAUGUCUUCCUUUAGGGGUGUUUCUUAGUGUUGGUUAGCUAUUGCUUGGUGCUGUGGGUAUCGCUCAGUGACUUUCAGUCUUUGGCGUUACGUCAUUUGGUGAUUGCACCUAUAUCCUCAACACCAAGAAACUACCACUUUUAGUUAAAUUAUCCUUGACAAGACAAACGCUUUCGCCGAAAAGAAGUGCGGAUUAAUUUGCAUAUCUUUCACCUACAGGAAAGAGAGGAAAGUAAACUUUCGAAGAAGGCACAAGUGACCAUGGAAAUGAUCUCAUUACGCCAGGGUGACGUCACACAGGACAUGGCGCCGGCCACUCAUAGUUUGUCUGAAGUAAGAAGGAAGUGCCUAAGCCUUAGGCGGCCUUUUGUCAUGUAUUAAUAAAGUAGGAAAUAAUGUUAUACCUUUUUUAUCUUUUCGUGCUCUGGGUGACGCUAAACGUGACCUUUAUUUGAAAAGAUAUCGCGUUACAAGCGACUGUUAACUGGAGAAUGGAAUAUUGGGGUUUGCGAAUUGCGAACGUGAGAUAAAGACAAAUUUCAUCUUUUGCUGCCCACUAAAUUUCUGCUCCAAAGUCUUGUUCUUGGGCCAGUGGAAUUUCAUCGUUUUAGCACAUAUACCCCAAGCUAACGAGUGAGAAUAAUACCAGUUUCAGCACUGAGGCACACAUAACAACUGAGCGGUAUGGAGUGCUCUUGCACGCUCACUCGCCUCAGUAGUAAAGAACCUUUGAUACACGGCUUUGUACGUUCAUCGGCUCGACGGUAAUGCCAUGCUGAUGAGGCCCAACAUGGGCGAAAUAGUUGUUUAUGGUGCCACUGCCCCGAUGAUAUUGUUGUGCGCAUGCGUAAGGUACUGGCCAUGCCGUGGAGCAAAUUCGUGUGCUUCAGUGCUGAAAUUGGUGUUGUUCAGGAGUGAGAAUCGGUGUUGUGGAACCUUUCAUAAAGGUUUAAUUUGUAUUCGGGCUCGGGCGAUUGCAAUUUAGGACUCACUAAUAGUAAUAAAGAUACAGUAGUCUAUCUAACCUUGACUCCAUGAUUUAAUGAUUGCGUUAUUUUCAGUACUGGGUAACACUUUUUCUACUUGUAAAUGCCUUCGCCAUUUUCUUUAUCGUUUAGCAAAGUUUCCCCGUUGAGAAUAAAGUUAAGGAAGAUGAACAAUCUGCGCAGCUGGACCAAGUAAACUUUGCAGUUUCUCCGCCACAAAACAAGAAAGAUGCCGUUCUUGAAGUGAUUCCAUCGACUUCCACGGAAGUAGGUUUACUGUAAGACGAAAAUAAAAACACCACAAUGACUUUUCACUACUAAAGAAAAAUGCCACCAGAGCACCUCAUUAUGUUAGGUUUGACGUAAGAAGAACACAACCUGAUCUGUGUUUCCCUGUGCCACUGAAGUUUUUCGUCGUUCGCGUACCUAUCCUGUGCUGUCUUGAAUUACGUCACAACGUCCCACUUUCAUAUUCUCUUGAGGUAUUUUCAGAUUUGGGAUUGUCAUUUCAAGAACGAUGGCUUUUAUAAGGAGUCGUCUAGAUGGUGUGUCUGAUGUUUGUAAACCAAACCCCAGUGUGUGCCAGGAGGUGCCAGAGGUUUUCCCGUAAACAUAGUGCGCUGAGGCCACGUAAAAUUUUUCAAAUUGUGGGGGGCAGGGUUAAUUCGUCCUUUAUAUUUUGAGAACAGACCCAUAGAGCCAGGGUACCUGUUAUCUCGCUCUAAACUUGUCACUUUAAAGUUACUUUUAAUAGAUAAUACCUAGUGUCUGGCAACAACAAAUUAUGUCAGUUUUUUUUAAAAAUCUUUCUAGCGGUUGGUUACUUAUUUACUAACAAGGUAAGUAACUUGAAAGUUAUGCUGUUUCAAGCUAAACCAAUAUUUGAUAGUUACUUUUUUAUCAAUUUAACUAGACUGAGCAAUUCAAAGUAACCGACAAAGAAUUGCUAACCAGCACAUCAGCAUCACCAGGAAAAAGUCAAGCUUCCUCGAUGUCCCUUUCAAUCGAAAACCUAGACGAGGAUCUAAGUAACGAAGAGGAGAACUUUUCUACGGAACAACUGUUUUUAUUUGCCUGGCAGAUAGCUAAAGGAAUGGUAACCAAUCUUUUUUUUUUGGAUAAUGUUGAUUUGAUUCUGAUUCUGAGUAUAACUUGGAAAGAAAAAUUCAAAAGUCAACAUUUUAUAAGCAUGAAAUAGAUGAGAUAAAUAAAUUGGUUGUUUUUCUAGAUAUAAGUACAGUUAUUUAUUUCAUUAAAAUGAAAAAUCUUCUUAGUCGAUCGGUUGACCCAGUCUCGGCUAAAUUCGUUUCUUUACGCAUCUGAACGUAAAUAUUUGCAUCAGAUCAGUGCCGAUAUUUACUUUUCAUUUGUCUAUACUUAAUUACUAAGUGUUCGGAAUACCACCGUUAUUAUGUUUUGACAUAAUUUUAAUUAUUCUUUCGUUGCUUAUUUGUUGUUAGAAUCAUCUCGCCGAAAACAAUCUUGUUCACAGAGAUCUUGCUGCCCGUAAUGUCCUUGUUGGCUAUGACAACCAGAUCAAAGUGUCAGACUUUGGGUUGAUGAGACAAAUCUAUGAUGAAGUGAGCAACUCAGCGAAGUCCAAAAAACUUCCUGUGAAGUGGAUGGCCCCAGAAUCACUUUAUCAAGGCGUUUACACCACCAAAAGUGAUGUGUGAGUUCACGAUUCCCGCUCCCUUGAGAAGGAAACUAUUGAAACUUUUCUACUGAAUCGCUUCUCAAAAUUUUAGUUCCCGUAAAAAUUACAGAAGCAUAUAAGUCCGAUUAAGCGCCUAAAUUCCCCUUAUUUGUUCAUAGAAAAUGGCAUGCUAGGGUUUUUAGCCGUCCAAUUAGAAGCACGGAAAAUUGUUUGCCCAAAUAUGGAAUCAUAGUAUUGAAGGCAUCCGUGUCUAAAGUAUAGCUGCUAAAAACGGAUUCUUCCAGUCCUUAACAGUUUUCCAAUUAUAUCCAAAACUCAAGAGAUACACGCAUUUUUGGGCUCGUCCAUGACAAAGACAAGGAGACAACAGAUAAAUAGGGCAAUAAACAAUAGUUUUCUAAACAAUCUAACUGCCGUGAAUCUGUACAUAUUUAUAACCUCUUUGAUUUUUCUCAUAGUUGGUCUUUUGGUGUUGUUCUUUGGGAAAUGGCUACCUUGGGUGAGUGGACGGUAUAAUUUUGCAGUUUAUACUUGUCAUCUUAAAUUUGAGGUUAAAUGACAGAUCAACAAAAAAAAUUUCGUGGUCCAUGACUCUUUUCGACCGUAGAAAUGAUGUCAAAAUGUUGAAAACUCAUGCACGACCCACAGGAUAAUUGUUUCACUUCAAAGUUGUCAGCCUUCCAAGGUAAUCAAGGCGACAUUACCUAAACCCACCUUCCCGCUUUUGCCAUGGUGGGAUGUGGCUUAACUGUUACGAUUGUUAUCAAGGCAACUGCCACCAGGAGGGGCGAAAAAAGGUGUCUUAAAUGUUCCAUUUGCGGCAAGUUGGAAUUUUUUUGUCUGAUCUGGGCUCUGUCUUAAUUGAUUAAGUGCUGUGAGACAUCUCCUAGAUGAUAAUUAAAAAGCAUAUUUAGCAAUUAUUGAAUUCGGCUUUCGUAGGAUAUGUAGAAUUCUGCAGAUCGAGGAGGGUGUAGGAGGGUGUUAUCGGCCGAGGUGGAUAACACCAUCCGAGAUCUACUUAAUUCUUCGUAUCCUACGAAAGCCGAAUUCAAUAAUUGUUUUAUUAUUCCUUCAAAAUAAUUCCACCGGUUUAAAAACGAGCUAAAACAUGUUAACCUCGGUCGAUAUACUGUCUAACCUCUCGGUACGGACACCUCUCUAUUACGGACAGUUUCCAAUGUCCCGACAAAAUUCUCAUAUAUUUUAUAUAAAAAAGAAAACCUCUAUAAUACGGACUCUCUCUAAUACGAACAAUGGACACUUAAUCUUACGGACUUUAUUACUUACGGACACUGCGGAGAUCAGGCGAAUGCCGAAUCCCGAUCAGGUAAAUCUGCACAGGGACUUAGGGCAGAUCAGACCGACUACACGAUAUAUCGAUACGUUUCACUAUAUUUCGGGUCAGCGACAUAACCAAACAACGAUUUGUGAAAGGUGUACAGAGGAACAUAAUCGACUUUUUGAAGGCUUGAAUCACUACAGAUAGCAUAAAGAUCUUUCCUAUUACAUUUUGUACUCUAGUUAGUGUUUUCUACACUUGCAAAAUAGCGAAAUUAAAAGACGCUUUCAGAAUUGUGCUUUAAUUUACGUUACAACUUUUAACAUGCAGCAUUGCGCUUUAGCUCGUUUCGUUUUAAAACAGUAAUGUGUCUGUUGCCGAGAUGUACUUUGUUGUAUGCUACUGAAAGACAGUGUCAUUGUACUGUGAAUCAGUAACUUUAAAUGCAGUUUAAAGUCGACUGUAAGCCUGGUUUUAGUUACUGAACAAUUAAAACUGUAAGUGGAGUCAUAAAAGUGACGUCAUCGUUGUGACCUCUUUUAUACGGACACCUUUCUAUUACGGACACUUCGCUCUGUCCCUUCGGUGUCCGUAUUAGAGAGGUUCGACGGUGACAAUAUACGUGUUGCGCACAAACCGAUAACCACUUUACGGCGACUGCUUACUAACUAUCCAUAAUGCAUCUUUAUCGGGAAGGUCUGCUCAGGUCUACAAAUAUACUCCAACUCUGUCGAGUUGUCUUCUUGCUGUUCUUACGAUGUUUUUAGACAAUAUUUCUCCAUGAAACAAGUAAAAUGCAUGUUCCGCGACAGUUCUGCCAUUUUGUUCUAACUAACAAACAACUCAAGCUCGUCCCAAAGUUUUCUCAGUAAACGGUUCAAUAGUGCAAUUUUGCUGCACUUUUGACGUCAUUUUGACGUCAUUGAUUCACUAUGACAAAGUUCUUACCAAAUUUGGUCAACAGUAGCUGUUUAUGGUGAAUUAUUCGUGUGGUUUUAACCAAUCAGAAACAGGGAAAUGUUUUGAAAGAAUAAUAAGUGACAAUACAUUAACUUUGCAAACAUUUGUUCGCUGGAAACGAGAAGCGCCUUAUCAUUAAUCACCCUGCCUUCUUUCAUGACACAUUUAACUGCAUUGGCUAUCCAACCUCCAUUCAAUCACCGAUUUCUGCAAAAUGGCCUUAUUGAGUAUAUAUGAGAAGAAGUGACAAUCGACUGGGGCAUCUUAAAUAGAAAUCUAUCUAAUGAAAAAUUGCAUGUAUGCAGUUGCCGAUAUGUAAUCAUUUGUUUUCUUUCUUGUAAUCGUCAGGAGGCGUACCAUACCCCACGCUGACCAACUCAGAGCUGUAUCGACUGCUCGGUACUGGUUAUCGCAUGGAAAGGCCUGACAUGUGCUCCGAUGACGUGUACGUUUCUUGAUCAGGGUCGUGUUAGAAUUAACAAUUAGAUUCAACUUAAGUUUUCCGUGCCUCUGUUCAGUUACAAUUCACAGCGAACGUUGCAACAUACGAAUUCGUCAAAUAUGUUAAAGCACUCUAUGAUCAUAUCAAAUACUGACCAGACGGACGGCAAGGGUGAGCAUUUGUUGGGAUCCUCACUUUUUUAACAAGGAAACUAGACCACAUUUUCAAAACCAUUUGCCAUUUCAGAUAAAGCAGAUAACACAUUGUAAGUUUUGCUCUAAACCCUCCAAGCUUUAUGGCCAAUAAAAGUACUAUUAGCAGUGAUUAAGUUAAUCCCUUUCCUGGGGCCGGGGGAAGUACUCCUUAUAAUGGCCUGUAGGGAGAGGCUCCGCCCGAAAGGAGUACCUUUCUCCGUCUUCUAGUACAGAAAUUUCGCUAGCCGAAGUAUAUGAAAGGAAACUCUGUCAUUUCGGUCUGUAAAAUGACUUAAGGGGGCUACGGAAAAAGUUUUGGCUGUGAAAAAGUCGAGAAAAUUUUCUAUUUUCGUGAUCUAACUCAUAUUUAAAAGGAAAUGCUUUUACAGCUGUUAAAAGGGAUAAAAAGUUCUCUGAACUAGAUACGUGAAAGGGGUACAGUGCCACUUAUCAAUAGAGUGUAUAGCAAAGGGGUACGUUCUCUGUCAAAAAAGAAUAAUAUACACAAUGGUAAGGGGCUGGAUCUCGGGGCGGAGCCUUCCCGGGUCUCAACUCAUGAAGCUAAGAGGCCUUUCCUACUAAAAAAUUUUCUUUCAUUCCAAUAGACCCCUUUCGCCUAUAUGUUUUGUUUCCCAAUACAGGUCAUGUGAUAAUACUCCAAGGAACUGUUUCUUUCGAAUUUCAUGUUAUUCAAAUUCAUAUGUAUGCAUAGUAGACAAAGGGUCAAAUUCUCCUGGGAACUCUAUUGGGAAAACAAAACAUACAAGCUAUAAAGUGGCUUAUAUAUUGACACGGUCUAAUAAUUGACUGGAGCUCUAGUUAAUUAGCAUUGAAUGGUUCUAUUUUUUUCCUAUUCAUAACAGAUAUGAGCUGAUUUCUGACUGUUGGAACGAAGACCCUUACAUUCGUCCCAGUUUCUACCGUUUGAUCGAAAAACUGGAGGCGAUAAUGGAAAGGGAUGCACCAUAU